AUGUUGACUGUUUCUGAGACCAAGGUGUACUGUUCUGGACUGCAAUGUGGAAAGGAGACUUCUUCGAGCCUUAAAUGUCCCAUCUGUCUCAAGGCAGGCAUCGAAUCGACUUUCUGCAACGAGAGCUGCUAUCGGAACAACUACAAGGCGCACAAGACGGUACAUCCGUCGGAGAAAGAAGAAGUGUAUGACCCGUUCCCAAACUUCAAGUAUACGGGACAGCUGAGAGCCAGCUAUCCACUCACACCCAAGAGAUAUGUGCCAGAUGAGAUCGCCAAGCCAGACUGGGCUGCGAAUGGUCUGCCCAUCUCGGAGCAGAGAAACGACCGUUUGAACAAGAUCGUGGUCUACAACAAGGAUGCAAUCAAAAAGAUCCGAAAGGCAUGUAUACUGGCCAGGGAAGUGCUGGACAUUGCUGCGGCAGCUGUGAGGCCGGGUGUGACCACCGACGAGCUGGACGAGAUAGUCCACAAUGCGACGAUCGCGAGGAAAGCUUAUCCCUCGCCCUUGAACUACUACAACUUCCCGAAGUCUGUUUGCACCUCGGUAAACGAAGUGGUGUGUCACGGUAUCCCAGACAAAACCGUGUUGAAGGAGGGCGAUAUCGUCAACCUCGACGUGUCGCUGUACUACCAGGGCUACCAUGCGGACUUGAACGAGACAUACUACGUCGGGGAGAACGUUUCUAAGGCGGCAAUCAACACUGUCGAAACCGCCAGAGAAUGUCUGAAGACGGCCAUCAAGCAGUGCAAGCCGGGCGCCACUUUCCAGGAGCUGGGUGACCACAUCGAGAAGCACGCCUCUGAAAACAAGUGCUCUGUGGUCAGAACAUACUGUGGUCACGGUGUGGGACAGUACUUCCACUGUGCACCCGACAUUCCUCACUACGCCAAGAACAAGACCCCGGGUGUCAUGAAACCGGGUAUGGUGUUCACCAUCGAGCCCAUGAUCAACGAGGGCACUUGGAAGGAUAUUUCCUGGCCCGACGACUGGACGGCCGUUACUCAGGAUGGGAAACUCAGCGCUCAGUUCGAGCACACGCUUUUGGUGACUGAAAACGGCGUGGAAAUCCUCACCGCUCGGAACAAGAAGUCCCCCGGUGGGCCCAGGCAGAGAAUCAAGUAG